UUACGUCAAAGUCUCGCAAAAAUUAUACGAAAAUUUUGUUCAAUAAGUCGUAAUAGUUGUUUAAGUAAUGAUACAGAUGCUGUCAGAGCGGACCAUGUUAUUAUACAAAGUUACGAAGAACAGUUGGACGAUCGGCGUUUAUAUGUAGCUGUAUUUAUUAAAGAUCCUUAUCGUCAAGACAUUGCAUUGACUAAUGAUCAAUUUUUACUUGCACUAAAACGCCAUCAGCAACAAAUUUAUCAAGAUAUAAAACAUCGUAUUAAUAUACCAUCAACGUUUUUUGAACAAACUCUAUUAGAUCCGAUAUGGUUAUAUGGUGUUUGUCUUCUUGCUUUACUUGUUCUUGUUGUUGUUAUUCUUAUGUUAAUUACUAUUUUAACUAAACGAACGGUUAAAACAAAUAAUAUUGAUGAAAAUAUUCAAAUAAACAAAUCUCAACAACGUACAACACCAGAUGGAGAUCGACUUUUAAUUUCAUCUCCUAUGAGAUUAGAUGUUGACGAAGAGCAAACAAAUUCUUCGUCAUAUUAUAAUGAAACAGAUAGUUUUCAAACAUCAAAUUCAACUGUUAUAGCUAAUUUGCCACCACCAUCCUAUUUUCUAUAUUCAUCACCUCGUACAUCAUAUUUUAGUAGCGCUAUUGAAACAGCUAUUAAACAACAUCUACAUGAUGAUGAACCUAUACCAUAUAUAGAUGAUAAUUUAUCAGUAACACAUAGUCGAAAAAGUAGUGCAUGUUGGAGUGAUCGUACAAGUUUAAGUAGUCGAUUUGGAUUGGCUUUGAAAUUGAAUUUAAUGCGUUCAGGUUCACAAAUACGACCACCAACAUCUUCAAAUGAAAUUGGAGGAAAUACAAAACGAUUUAAUUAUCGAACAAUUCGAUAUACAAUACCACGAUCACAACAACAUCAAUUGCAUGAUGAAUUGUAA